UCCAACACUGGAAGUUUUUAAGAAGAGACUGGACAGUCACUUGUCUGGAAUGGUAUAGGGUCUCCUGUUGAGAAGGGGGUUGGACUAGAAGACCUCCAAGAUCCCUUCCAACUCGGUUAUUCUGUUAUAGAUGUUUAUGCGGACCUGUUUUGCAAGGGAGGGGGAAUUACUGCUGUUAAAAUAUGUCAAUAGGCAACCGGGAGCCAUGCUAAUGGUAUGCUGUCCAGGGCGAUCAGAUUAGAAGAACUCCAAGAUCCCUUCCAGCUCUGUUCUAAUUGAUUGAAAGUCAUUUUGUGGAGGCAGAAAACAUUUACACUAUUUUGAACUACACUUUACCAGGUAGAAUGGAACUCCAGCGGUCUUCAGGGAGAGGAGUCGGUGAAGCCCAGGAACCUGUCAUUUGGCCUGGAAGCAGAGGGGACUUUGGGGGAAGCAGCAGCCCAAGAGGCCUCCCUGUGGGGGCCCACAGCUCCGAGGCUGAGUGCCAGCACUUCCACAGCUGCCACCCCCGGGAGGCCGAGGGGCCCCGGGCACUCUGCAACCGCCUGCACCGUCUGUGCCGUGGGUGGCUGCGGCCCGAGUUGAGCGGCAAAGCCGAGAUGCUGGACCUAGUGGUGCUGGAGCAGCUGCUGGCCCUGCUGCCCCUGGAGCUGGCGGGCUGGCUGCGGGAGUGCAGGGCGGAGAGCUGUGCCCAGGCGGUGGCCCUGGCUGAGGGCUUCCUGCUCGGCCCAGCUGCCUCCCAGGAGUUGGGAAAGUGGCAGAUGCAGGAAUUGUUCGUGGAGGAGACCUCAGCAGGCUUCCAGGGAAGAGGAGAUCAACCCGGUCCUUCUCAAGAGGUUUUCAGGAGGAUCUCGCAAGAAGGCCCACCUCAAGUCACUUCCCCAUGCCAGGGAAGAACAUCCAUGGAAACCCGUGAAAUGGCACCUGUUUGUGAUGGAGCAAAAGUAGCAGCUGUGCAUCCACCUCAGGGCUUCAUAUCCUGUGAGGAAGUGGCUGUGGACUUCACGGAGGAGGAAUGGACGCUACUCAGUUGGAGCCAAAGAGCCUUGUGCAGAGAGGUCAUGCUAGAGAUUUCUCUGAAUAUGGCCGCUCUGGCAGGUGAUAGGCAGAACAAUGAGAAUGACAAGCAGCCAAAGUUAGUACCACUGCAAACAGCCCAGUAUGAAGCGGAAGUGAUGUUUGGCCAUCAAGGGGAUCCAAAAAGCCGAGAGAAAAGCCACCCAGAAGAUAGAGGAAAGAGGUCCCCCACUUCUCUCCCUUUUGAAAUCCAUCCAUUCCAGAUCCAGGAAGCUCAGAUGGAAAACACCAACGGAAAAUACGCAGGACGUGGCCAAAGAGAGAAAAAUAAAUUUAAUUUGCAUGAAUAUUGUAGAAGCCAGGCUAAAAGGAAGCAGUGUGGUUGCAGGCAAUAUGGAAAAAAUGUUAAUAGCUUCUUCCCUCUUGGCGCACCCAAAAAACUAUACAGGAAACGCAAACCACAUACAUUUAUCAAACUUGGGAGGGGUUUUAGUCUGAGCACGUAUGGUUAUUCCCGUGAAGAAUUUCGCACAAAGGCGUGUAAGUGCGUGAAAUGUGGAAAGAGCUUCAGUACAAAUGGUAAUCUCCGCCGCCAUCAAAUGAUCCACACGGGCGAAAAGCCAUAUCAAUGCGCGGAGUGUGGAAAGAGAUUCAUUGAGAACAGAGACCUCACUCGUCAUAGAAGGAUCCACACGGGAGAGAAGCCAUAUAACUGCCCAGAGUGUGGGAAGGCCUUCAGAACAAAUGGUCAUCUGACUCGCCAUCAAAUGGUCCAUACAGGAGAAAAACCCUACAAAUGCACAGAGUGCGGGAAGAGCUAUAUUGAAAACAGAGAUCUUACUUGUCACAAAAGGAUCCACACGGGAGAGAAACCAUAUAAGUGCAGAGCGUGUGGAAAGAGCUUUCCUCGGAACAGUGCCCUGAUUGGCCAUCAAAAAACCCACACUGGAGAGAAACCUUAUAAAUGCCUGGAAUGCGAGAAGAACUUUAUUAAGAAAGGACAACUCACUUCUCAUCAAAGGAUCCACACAGGUGAAAAGCCAUAUAAGUGUAUGGAAUGCGGGAAGAGCUUCAGUAGGAACAACAAUCUUAGGUCCCAUCAAAGGAUCCACACAAGGGAGAAACCCUAUGAAUGCACAGAGUGUGGAAAGAGCUUUCUCUGUCACAGUGGCCUUUCUCGCCAUCAGAGGAGACACACGGGGGAGAAACCCUAUAAAUGCACCGAGUGUGGGAGGACCUUCAUUCAGAAAGGACAGCUUGUUUCCCAUCAGAGGAUCCAUACAGGGGAGAAACCAUAUAAAUGCACGGAGUGCGGAAAGACCUUCAGUAGCAAGAGCGCCAUCGCCUACCAUCAAAGAAUCCACACCGGCGAGAAGCCCUACAAAUGCACAGCCUGUGGGAAGACUUUUAUUCAGGAAGGGCAGCUUGUUUCCCAUCAGAGAUUUCACACGGGGGAGAAGCCGUAUAAAUGCACGGAGUGUGGAAAGAGGUUCGGUAGUAGCAGUGCCGUUACCUAUCAUCAAAGAAUCCACACCGGUGAGGAAGCCGAGCUUCGCACGUGAGGAAAGAUCUUCAGGUAGAGCAAUGGCCUCCCUUGCCAUCACAUGACCCAGACAUAGAAGUGGGUGAGAGGAAGGCCGAGCAUAAGUGAACUCUCCUCUCACUCCGCUUACACUCCAUGCAUGCCCAGAUACGAGGAAGAGGAGGUCCUUUCAUGGGAUUACCCCAGUGGAGUUUGGUUGCCACAGUUGAUGGCUAAAGGAAUGCUGGAACUAAAUAUGGCGGCGUACCUCAGUAGAUGGAAGAAGAAGAAGGAAGAACCACCGAGCUGUAGAAAGAGGUGAAAAGGGUGUGUGCAAUUCGCAAAGUUAUUUUUUAGCCAUUCAUCAGGCAGGAAAAGUCCAUGGUAAUGCUUUUGACAUUUACCCCUAUUUAUGUGUGCCUUUAACAAAAGGGUAGGCAACCCUGGCUCUUUUAUGACUCGUGGACUUCAACU